AUGAAGAAUCAGCAGUUUACGAGUGGUUCGUCGUUUGAUUUAUCGGCACAGAUGACAUCGUUUGUUCAUUCCAGCUCGUCGUCGGACGAUUCCGAUACUUUUUCUGAUUGUGAAUGCAGCAAUGAUAAUCUCACGUGCUCCCGAAUGUCGAACGGCUACGAUAUCGACGGUUUUCGAUCGAGAGACUGUUUGAAAUCACUUAUCCAAUCGUGUCUCGAUUCUAAUCAAGAAGGACUAACAAUGUUAGAUCACAAGUCAAUGUCUGAGAAUUUGAGCAAUUACACACUUAGUGUCGAAAAUUGUCCGAACGGCAAAUCUACACUAGAGAAGCAACAACCUCAAGUUAGUUUUGGUCAAGGAAGUGCAUCAUUUUCAUUUGCUUCUCCUAGUAAUAAUGUUGUCUUUAAUUCGGGCAAAUUAGAGACGAAAAAGAAUAAAAAAACACGAGUUAAAUGGACUAGAGAACUUCACGACAAAUUUACAAGAUGCGUUGAGCUUCUAGGAGGUUCCAAGAGUAAGUUAUACAGAGACGGCGAUGCGACGCCGAAGGGAAUCCUAAACCUAAUGAAAUGUGAUGGACUAACCAUCUUUCAUGUUAAAAGUCAUUUACAGAAGUAUCGUGUCGCUCAGUUUGUAAUUGACCUUUUAGUGAACGAAUUUGCAGCGGACGCUAUGCAGCACGUCGACACAAAACGGAGUGUACAGAUUGAGGAAGCACUAAGGCAACAGAGGGAUUUUCAGAAGCUUCUUUGUAAACAAUUAGAGAAUCAAAAGAAGUUGCAGUUGCGGAUCGAAGAACAAGCGAAGCAGCUUCGUGCUAUGAUUGAAUGCCAAUUCAGAACCAAAAGAGACUUCUAA